AUGAAUGGAAUUUUUGCAAUUGAAAAGCCAAGUGGAAUUUCGUCGAGCCAGUUUUUACUGAAGCUACAAAACGUUUUGAUGAACAGCACGGUGUUUUCAAAAGAAAUCCAGCGAGCCACGGCAGAGAGAAUGCUGCAGUAUCAGCGGGAAACGGGGAAAGUGCCUAGCAAGAGGAAAUUGCGUAAAGUCGCAAAAGUGAAAAUGGGACAUGGGGGAACGCUAGAUCCAUUAGCGUCGGGUGUGCUGGUCGUUGGCGUCGGAACAGGAACCAAGAAGCUCUCACAAUAUCUUUCUGGCACUGUGAAAGUCUACGAAAGUGAAGCCCUUUUCGGAGUUUCCACCACAUCGGGAGACGUGGAGGGAGAAAUUCUAUCAAUGCAUGCUGUAGACCAUAUCACAAUGGCUGGGUUGAAAACCAUGGAACAAAAGCUCGUGGGAUCACUCAAACAGACGCCUCCGAUUUUUGCAGCGCUCAAAAUGAACGGGAAACCCUUGCAUCAGUACGCACGCGAAGGACUGCCGCUUCCCCGCGCCAUAGAACCCAGGCAGGUCGAAAUAUACGACCUGCAAAUCUUCCCGGACUCCUUGACCACUGACCACGGCUAUAAAUUACUGAGGCCAACAACGAAGGAGAGCGAGGAGACAGUUUCCGAACUGAGCCACCAGAAAAACUUGCUUACCGAUACUUUGUAUUUCUCUAAACAAUACUGCGAGUCGCAAGGGUGGGACUCCGAAAAUGCCCGUGUGGAGCCGCCUUUGGUUCUGAGUGACGAAGAAAUGCAAAAAUUGGUGACAAAGGGCGACGAAUACCGUGCGCCUUUGCUACACUUCAAGGCCAAAGUUUCGUCAGGGACGUAUAUCAGGUCCCUGAUCAGUGAUGUCGGCAAAGCUGUGCGAUCCUCAUCGUACAUGGUCAAGUUAAUCCGAUGCCAGCAACAGGAUUGGGCUCUUGAAAAGCAUAACGUCUUCACAAUGGAGGAUUUCACAGAAAAUGACGAAGCAGUCUGGACGGCAGUGCUUGAGAAAGUCUUGGAAAAGGGCGCAUCAGUGGAUGUCAAACACGAGAUUAUAGAGGCGCAAAAAGCUUUUUCCAGUCGCGAGCAAGAGCUGGCGGCCCAGGCUCAAAGCGAUUUAAACCGCGACGCCGCGGAUACCCAUACUGUAAAGGAAAAUGUGUCUGAGGGCACAGGCACAAAAAGACCCUUAGACGACGAAGAUCACGAGAAAUCCGCCACUGCUAGCCAUCAAUGA